CAAUUCUCACGGGUCCCUUCCGGUGAGGAAAGAUGGCGGCGGCCGCUCGGGACUCACGUGUGGGUGCGGGGAAAAGGCUGAAAAAUUCACUGAAGAAGAAAAAGAAGAUGAAAAUGGUAGCCCGGGCAGUGGCUUCGGAGUUGGAAGAAGAGGGCAAAGACGCUGCCGACAGUGGAGGUUCUGUAAGAAGCUGUGGGCCAGAAAAGGAUCACUUUUCUUCUGAUGAUGAAGCAGCGGAAGCUGAUAAUGAAGAUGAAGUUGAACCCAGCGGCAAUGAAAAUGGAAAUGCACCCGAAGCUAGUGUUGGAACUAAUGUGGGCUGGGCGGAUGCCAUGGCCAAAAUUCUUAACAAAAAAACUCCUAAAAGCAAACCCACGAUUCUGGUCAAAAACAGAGAGCUGGAAAGGGAAAAAGAAAAGUUAAAACAAGAGAGACUGGAGAAAAGAAAACAGCUCGAUAAGAAGCGGGAAUGGGAAAUGAUGUGCAGAGUAAAGCCAGAUGUUGUCAAAGACAAAGAAACAGAGAGAAAUCUUCAGAGAAUUGCAACAAGGGGUGUGGUACAGCUAUUCAAUGCUGUUCAGAAGCAUCAAAAGAACGUUGACGAAAAGGUUAAGGAAGCCGGAAGCUCAAUUAGAAAACGUGCUAAAUUGAUAUCGACUGUUUCCAAGAAAGAUUUCAUCAGCGUUCUGAGAGGGAUGGAUGCAGGUACAAGUGAGAAAAGUUCGAGUGGAAAGAACUUGAAAGCCAAACAGACUGAAGGGAAAUCAGAAGAGGGCCCUGGAUGGACAAUCCUACGAGAUGAUUUCAUGAUGGGAGCGUCCAUGAAAGACUGGGACAAAGAAAGUGAUGGCGCGGAUAACAGCAGACCGGGGUCUGGAAGCGACUCCGACACAUAGGCUGUAGAGGAAACGCAUAUACCGUCGUCGUAUUUUUCCUAGAAAAAUACCUCAUGCUCUCUGAGUUGGACAUUUAUAAAGCUAAAAUUUGUAAGAAAUCCAGAAGACUUUUACUAUUACCAACUUGGUGUUUUUCCUUUUCAUGAAAACUUUGUGAAAAUUAGGUUUUCGGACUGUGUAUACUUUUAAGCAUUGUUGCUCAAAACAUUUGUGAAAAGAAGUGUUCCUUAUUGAUCGGCGAGAUGGCACAAUUUGCCAGGACAUUAUAAGUUUUACACGCUGGUCUGGACAUUGGUGUUUUGUUCCAGUUUCACUAGUUUCUAGAAAUACAGUACUCUUCAUAAUUAAAAAUGAACUCCUUGAAGU